GAUGAAGACGAGAUUGCCCCCCAAGGCGAGGCAGGUACACUUGGCUUCUUCAGGUGGCUUCCAUCGGUUCUAGAAAGAUUAUUUUCAAUUUCUGACCUCAUGUCCGUUAGACACACAACCCACCAGCGUGGGCCAGUGGCUUAGAUAUUCCCCGGUUGUUUUUCCCCAGACUAUGGAUGUCAAACCACAUGGCAGACAAGCAAGACAGCAUCACCCCACGCCGAGUUUGACAAUGCCUCCUUCCUCUUCGACUCACGGACCCGACAGCCGCGCGGAUGCACAAACAAUUAACGAGAACCGCCCAUGGACUAAUUUUUGAGAUAGGAUAUACGCCCUCCGUCCGUACGAAGCCGUCGACAACCGCAGCCGCAACGUUUCUCCUGAACUUUUGCUUCUCUUCCUUCUUCUCGUUGAAGGACUCAGUGGGACCACAGACGGCCAGUCGAUACUAAGUUUGUGUUGCAGCAGGAGUUCGUGCCGGAGGGAGCCGUCGAGCGGGCGACGUACAGCUAUUUCAGGAACAAGGACACUCGCCAUGUUCUCCUUGGUUGCUCCAACCACGGGAACAUUCUACACGCGAACCGAAGCCGGUCCGGUAUGGACAUGUGUAUGUCUACACGCCAUCGAGGUUCAAUGCCAAGAGCUACGGUCCAAGUGUUCCCCGACGGCUGCAAUAUGCAGACUGCCGGAACAUGGGAGACGGUUGUGAAUGGAUGUCACCCGCAUGGCAGCAGGGCAGAGGAAUGGUCGUCUGAUGUCCGAGCAAGGACCCUUACACUGGGUUGCAAUGGUGCCUGUCUUGGGACGACGGAGAGUUUUCCUUGCUGUCUGCGCUGCUGUUUCCCUUGAAAUGUCCAUGCGGGCCAAUCCUGAAGGGAUGCUUCUAGUUCUGAACCUUUUUGCGGGUUGAGCUUUUGGUGUGGGAGAAGAAUGGUUCCCCUUUUCAACCGCUCCGAAAAUCCGGGGGGGGAUCGGCUUACCUUAGGCUAUUACUUACGCAGGCUAAGACAUUGUACGCAACCCUACCUUUUCAAAGAUUUUAACUCGCUACUCCCUACAUCCAAGUUCAAAAGUAUCAUGAAUCUCUACCAACGAUUGAUGUCAAGUGGCUGGAAGAAUCCCAUUGUCAAUACCGAACAUGCUACUCUUCUUUAUACACCCUUACCUGAGCUAGCGUAGCUAAGGUAGUAGACCCGGCCGUUGCAGGUUUAUGGGCUUAUGAAAACACGAGAAACAACAGAUGGCCCAUGGUUACAUUCCAGCUGCUUGCUUGGCUUGCUGGCAAGCUGAGGUUUCUAUAACCAGAUCCUGGCUUGUGGAUGGGCGGGUGUGUCUGAGUGCCCUACGUGUGUGUGCAGCAUAAGCGUAUAUGUCUGGUCUUGUCCCUCGCCAUCUGCCAACCCAAGCACGUAUUCCCCUUGCUUCUUGCGCUUCACCUUCCUUUCUUAGACUCUUGGAACGCCUCCGCUGUCUUACUUGACCCCAUCAUCACCAUGCAGCUGACGACAGUGUUUUCUUCUCUUGUUGUCUUGGGAGGGUUGGCGGUAGCAGCCCCUGUUGAUGUGCCCGAUGAGGAGCCUUGUGUGGACGGGAUUAUCUGCUUUGACGCCCUGAAUGCUUGUGGUGUCAAAUACGGCGGCUGCUACAACGUCUGCAAGGCCGACCAGAAGCCCAAGCCGCCCGCUUGCCCGGCCACCUCCACUGUCGUCACAACCAAGGUGGUCCAGUUGACUCCCUCUGCCACCACCAAGAAGACGACCAGCACAACUUCCAAGCGCACCUUGACGACCUCCACCAGGAAGGCGACUACCACCAUCAAGAAGACCACCACCACUGCCAAGGCUACCACCACUUCCAAGAAGCCCACCUCCACCUCCAAGAAGCCUACCACUACUCCUAAGCCGACCACUACCCCCAAGCCCGUGACGACCAAGAUCCCGACAUCCACUACCAAGCCCUCGACUUGCAACGGGAGCGGAAUGACGGUCUGUGCUGAUUACAUCAAUGAGUGUGGGAUGAUGUAUGGCGGAUGCUUCCCUGACUGCAAGCCGUGGCCUACAUUCACUGCUCCUCCUUGCAGGCCGCCGGUCAGCACUAGCAUCAGGCUUGUGCCGGUGCCGAUUCCUACGUAUCCUGUUAUCACUGUCAGGCCUCAGGCAUAGAGAACACAGCGAGGGUUACUGGUGCUGAAAAAAAAAGGGGGGGGGGGUGGUGAAAAGGGGUGGUCAGGCGGUGCGGGUGAAAAAAGUUGAAUUCAGGGGGCGUCGUUGGGUCUGUGUAUCAAUUAGUCUAUGGAAUGCGGGAAGCCAUUCUUUUUGCUCAUAUCGGGCUAUCUGCUUAACCUCUUCAUUUUGUCUCUCCGCAAUGAAUAUCGUCACGCUCGCUCUCUUCGCCA